AAGAUGCUCACGCAUUAUUGCACAUACUGACAGUGUGCUGAACACAAUGAUAUAUUUGCGCCUUUAUCAGCCCGAUGAUUGAUAUUUAUAACCACACAUAGACGUGUGUGUCGCAGUCAGGCGUGUGCUGUACUAUGGCAUUACCAUUCAGAAUCCCAAAGAAGAAGCAACCAUCAGACGCAUGCAGUCUUGAUAUGCAGUCGCCACUGUCUCGACUGCAGGACAGCAGCUCACCCAAGAUGCAGUGGGAUUCUGUCACUCAUAAUGGAAGAGCAAGUCAUAAAUUCAGUUUUACCAAUGGGAAAACAUUUUCAAAACAUAGUCAGAGUAGUGAAACUAUAAGGUCGCCUGAACCACUCACCUGCUCUACUCGAGCUCUCAAAGGAACUGUACGUGGAAAAAUCAGUUUUACGCUAAACAAACAGCCGAUUAAAAUCAGCCCCUCUAGAGUCAACAGGACGCCCCACAAAGUGUCUGAAACUGGUAGUUCAAGGGCCAAAUGUCAGACCCCCACCCCAGGCAGAGAUUUCACUGCAAACAACAGAUGGAGACCCAAGAGAGCGUCAGACACUUUGUGCCGUGAUGAGAACCACAUGGGCGACUUUGAAAGCCCCUCGUUCAAGAUUCGUAGAGAUUCAGGGGAAACGGAGACGAGCGAGUUUUUCCGUGAGGAAGAGGACAUUGAGGGAACACAGGGGCCUUCUCGAGUGACGGAGACACAGCGGCCGUCCAAUGUGAAAGAUGGGCACAUUUCAAAGACUGAUCGCAGGUUCAAGUCCACAGGUUGUGUUUCUCCGGUCGAGAGCACAACAAAGAAAGGGAAGAACGUAAGUGUUUCCAAUGAAGAGUCCACGUUCAAACUGUCCAAUCUCGAGUCUCGCUCAGAACGUCACGUUCAGGAAGAGCAACCAGGUCUGAGGACUUCUGGAGAGAAAGCUGCUCUCCCUGUGCCUGUCAGAAAAGACCCACUGGUUUCACCUUCAAGCUCCAAGAGUGAAGACCCCUUUAAGUCUUUUUAUGAGAACAGAUUAAGCAGGAGACCCCGGCUUUUCGACAAGACCUACAAGAGAGCAAAGCCCAGCUCCACAGAGCCGAUCGUGCUGUCUAGCGAUGAGGACGGAUCGGACGAUGUGAACGACACGCCUGGAAGCUCGCGAGAGCAGCCGGACUUAGGGCCCGUCGGCGAUACCCAGACAGGGAAACAAAAGAGCCCGAAGGCGAACACAGGAAGCCAGAAGACAGCAAGCAAAGUAGAAGUGCCUUCCAUCAUGGAGCUGCCCUUCUCCACUCUCCAUUACGAUACAGGAGAGGCAGAGUCCAAUGGGACUGUUGUGAUCACAGAUGACGGCAUCUCAAUACCACUGAAAGGUGCAGAUGGUGAUGAUGACAUUGCGCUCAGCGUGACAUGCGCACAGCUACUCUUGUACGGUCUGUGGGAUGGAGGACUGGCCCGAGACGGAAGUCUGUUUCCAGACACAGAGGAGCCCGCCCCCUCUCUCCUCUUCCUCAUAGUGUCGGAUGCUCAAGCACGGCUCAUCCAGAAAGAACUGUCGGUCAUACACUCGGUACACUCUUCAAGUCAGGCCUGUCCUUUUGUCUUGCUGGUGUUGGCUGAUCAGCUCGGAGAUCUUCAAGCGGCCAUGUUGGCUUCUCUCAUGGACUUGAUCGGUUUGAAACACGGUCAGAGCCCUUUGAGUAACGCCCUGUCCUGGCCCGAUGGUCUAAAUCGGCUUCAUUGCCACCGGCAGGGCGUACAUCUCCUUUCUCUGCUGGGACAAAACGUGGAAGAUGGGCAUGACACUGCAUUGAAGAGCGCAGGUGGGACUAGCAGUUGUCACGGAGAGCCAACGGUCAGGAGACCUCUCCGGAGUCACAGCCGAACGCAAAGCUUACCACGCAGACUGAUCCAGUACCCACCUCCCCCCUCCAAGGGUGGCAUUACCGUGACAACCGAGGACCUGGAGUGCCUUAAGGAUGGCGAGUUUCUCAACGAUGUCAUCAUCGACUUCUACCUCAAGUACCUGCUGUUGGAGACAGCCGACGAAGAUGUUGCUGAAAGAUCUCAUAUCUUUAGCAGUUUCUUCUACAAACAGCUCACUCGAAAAGACAGCAGCUGCCCGGAGGAAACUGGCAGAACCGCCCAGCACAGACGGCAUCACCGAGUGAGAACGUGGACGCGGCAUGUGGACAUCUUCAGCAAAGACUACCUCUUUAUACCGGUUAAUCAGGAGGCUCACUGGUAUCUCGUGGUGAUCUGUUUUCCUGGUCUGGAACGGCCUGAGUGUGUAGAGUGGAGAGGUAAAGCCGCAUCUUCGACCGGAGGCCAGACGGUAAAUGUGAACUCUGCAGGAGAAAAUCAAACAGGAGGUUUACUUCAAUCAAAAAGCAACAGUUUAAAACCCAGUGGGAUGGGAUCUAACAAACUACCGGACUGCACAGUAAGCAACUGCACGCGAGAGAAAGUCUGCAGGAGACCCUGUAUUCUGGUAAUGGACUCUUUAAAGCUCUCGUACCACCAACGGAUCUACACGCUGUUACGCGAGUACCUGCAGGUAGAAUGGGAGGUCCGGAAACAGACCCCUCGAGCGUUUAAGAAUGAAAACAUAGGCGGUUAUCUCUGCAAGGUCCCACUACAAGACAACAGCAGUGAUUGUGGCCUGUAUCUGCUGCAGUAUGUGGAGAGCUUUCUGCAGAAUCCAGUGGUGCACUUUGAACUCCCGCUGCGAUUGGACCAUUGGUUUCCACGGAAUCAGGUGCGCAGGAAGAGGGAGGAGCUACGGGAACUUGUGCUUCAGCUGUACCGCAGACAGGAGGGCGGGGCUUAGCAAAACGUCCAAUGAAUAUGUAUAUUUUUACUAAUUACUGCAACAGAGAAUAUAUUUAUAAUUUAACUUUGUAUUUAUUUUUAUUAAAAUUUCUUUUAAAGUGCUUUGAACAAACGUUUAAACGUUAGGAUACUUGAAUAAAAAAGGAAACAAAUAUUCUGAA